CGCGAGACUUUUCUCAGAAGUUUCUUCCUCUGGUGUUGGUGUCAGAGGAGUUAGCUGGGCAUAAAUGGCUAAAGUCGAGUUAACACCACUCAGAACAUGGGACGACUUCUUUCCCGGUUCCGACAGGUUCGCUAAACCGGAUGUCAGAGACUUGGCGAGAUGGAACAACAGAAUUAUUAGCAACCUGCUUUAUUAUCAGACAAACUAUAUGCUACUGGCCGUGGUUGUUUUCCUUCUUGUCGGGUUUCUGAACCCCCUGGGGAUGAUCACAGCCCUGGCUGUGGUAUCGGGGGUCUUCAUGGGUUCAGUGUGGGUCGGAGAGAACAGAGCUGUGAUCAACAACUUCAAGAGGCAGAACCCCACCAUCUUUGUGAUUGCUGUCAUGGUAGCCAGCUACACGCUGCUGUCCAUGCUGGGGAGUGUCAUGAUAUUCAUGUAUGCAAUCAUUCUACCUCUGGCAUCGGUAUUUGCACACGCUUCCUUUCGCCUUCGCAACAUGAAGAAUAAGCUGGAAAACAAGAUUGAAGGCGUGGGACUGAAGAGGUCACCUAUGGGGAUUUUGCUCCAGGCAUUGGGACAACAAGAAGAGAACCUUCAGAAGAUCCAGAACCUUCUUGAGGCUAAACUAAACGAGUGACUUCUCCGGAAGGAGCACGUGUCGAUGUAUUGGGCCAGUCGUGACUUCAUUCUCUGCAUUCUGUCCUUAAUCUUUAGAGUUUUUCUCCACCUGAGGGUUUCUGGUGACUCUGCUCAGGACGUGUCGGCACACUGUCUCCCCCCUUCAGUGGCUCGGGCGUCUCGGUGCUGCCUCCCUCAUCUCCGCUAUGCUGCUAUGCAACAGGAGUCCUGUGCAGCACAUCUGCAGGCUCCUUGUUGAUGAAAUCUGUGUUUAAUCAGCCUCAGAACGCCGUCUGCUCUGCCAGUUUGCACUCAAUCAGCACAAGUGUUGCCUCUUAACAAAGACUGAAAAGUGCAUGCUCAGCCCCCGUUACUGCCAAGACUGGAUCGUUUCAAGUUUGUGGAUCUCUCCUUCGGUUUACUUCAGUCCACACGUGAACAGGAGCACGAACUCUGACGCCUACAGGGACGAACAAUUCUCUGAUCGUGUCCGAAUUUAGAAUAAAACGUGAAACCAACAUUCAA